AUGAACGGAUUCCAUCGAAGCCAGAGCAACUUCAAGGAGCAGGAGGGUUCUCAAAGACUUGAGGCAGAGGACGAAUAUGAUGAUGACAUGACAGUGAACCAAAUGUUGGCCCCCAGAAGUCAUCAGACAGAUGCGACGCAGAUAUUAAACAACUUACUGAAAGAAUAUGAUAGAAAACUUCGACCCGACAUAGGAGUUAAACCUACGGUGAUUGAUGUUGACAUCUAUGUGAACAGCAUCGGCCCCGUGUCCUCGAUAAACAUGGAGUACCAAAUCGACAUCAUUUUCGCCCAGACAUGGACAGACAGUCGACUAAGAUACAACAGCACAAUGAAAAUAUUGACUCUGAACAGCAACAUGGUGGGUCUGAUCUGGCUGCCUGACACCAUAUUCAGGAACUCAAAGAAUGCAGACUCUCACUGGAUUACCACACCUAAUCAACUCCUUAGAAUAUGGAAUGAUGGAAAGAUCCUCUACACGCUGAGGCUCACCAUCAACGCUGAGUGCCAGCUUCAGCUGCACAACUUCCCCAUGGAUGCCCACUCCUGCCCCCUCAUCUUCUCCAGCUAUGGUUAUCCUCGGGACGAGAUGAUUUACAAAUGGAAGAAGAACUCGAUUGAAGCCUCAGACCAGAAGUCCUGGCGACUCUAUCAGUUUGAUUUCAUGGGCUUGCGGAACACAUCAGACAUAUUGAAAACAACAUCAGGUGACUAUGUGGUGAUGACGGUUUAUUUUGACCUGAGUCGGCGGAUGGGCUACUUCACCAUCCAGACGUACAUCCCCUGCAUCCUCACCGUGGUUCUCUCCUGGGUGUCCUUCUGGAUCAAGAAAGAAUCAACCCCAGCCAGAACUACACUAGGAAUCACCACAGUGUUGACGAUGACCACGCUGAGCACGGUCGCUAGGAACUCGUUGCCGAGAGUGUCGUAUGUAACCGCCAUGGACCUGUUUGUCACCGUCAGUUUCCUGUUUGUGUUUGCGGCCAUGAUGGAGUAUGCCGCGCUCAACUACUACUCGUACUGCACGAGGAGACCACUCUGCAGCAAGACCAAGAGAUCGGUGAGAAACAUACGCCCCAUCCCCUCACUCCACCUAUACACAUGGAACUACUCGGUGCUGGACGUGGGGCCUCCACCCACCGUCAUCACGCUGAACAACUCCAUGUACUGGCAGGAGUUCGACGACGCCUGCAUCUACGAGUGCCUGGACGGGAAGGACUGCCAGAGCUUCUUCUGCUGCUUCGAGGAGUGCAAGGGCGGCGGCUGGCGGCACGGACGCGUGCACCUAGACAUCCUGGAGCUGGACACCUACUCGCGGGUCUUCUUCCCCACCUCCUUCCUCCUCUUCAACAUCGUCUACUGGGUGGGCUACCUGUAUCUUUAG